AUGCGCCGGAGCCGAUCUGUGUACUCGCAGAACUCCUUCGACUCAAACUACCCCGACCUCUCCCGAUGGACCAAAACAAUCCCCAACGCGCCCCGCUCGUGCUACGUGACCUUCGGCCAGGGCUACAGCUACUUCGCGAGCGCCCCAGGCAGAGGCUCCGUCUGGGCAGGCAUCCCCUCGGAGCUCAGCGACAAGAUACAGAAGGCAUAUGAUACCCCGUGCUGCGUUGCGCUGGGCAUGAACAACGCCUGGUUCGUCCUAUGGCCAGACGGCUACUACUCCUGGAAGUUCUACGGCGGAUACACCGGGCUGGACAAGAUCCUGAGUGACGCGGAGCCGCGGAGCGUCUCUUACUUGGCCAUCUCACCGUACAACAAGGACCACUACUUCGUCGCGUUCCGCAAUCGCACCGUGCAGUAUAACUUCACAGGCGCGCCCCCGGAGUGGAUGGCACAGAUGAACGAAGUGUUCGCGCAAUGGCAGGCGGAAAUCACGCACGCUCAUGGCGGAGCUGCCACCCGACCGGCGAACAUGCAGUAUGGCGCUCAACAACCACCCAACAUGCCAUAUGCUGCUCAACAACCACAUCUCGCUUCGCCACCUCCAAUGUUUUCCCCGCCGAGCCCCAUGACGCCCUUGUCACAGCAGUCGAACAUGACGUCGCCGUCUUUAUCACCGCAAAUACCGCAAAUACCGCAAAUACCGCAGAUACCUCAGAUACAGCAGGUACAGCAAAUACCACAGAUAUACGCACAUUACGCUCCCAUCCCUGCCCCAACCGCCAUCGAAAUGCCCGGCAGUCUCCCCGCAGGCGUCCUGCUAGACCCUCCGCCUGCGGCCGUCCGGCCUUCCUCCAUCAACAUUAAGCGGAAGAAGUUCUUCUCGAAGAUAUUCGACUAG